AUGGUGUCCUGCGCACUGGUCCUGGUUCCUCUCUGGAUCCUCGGUCUGAGUGGAGGCUGCCGGGCCGAGGAGCUGCCCAGGGAGGUCGUGUUGUCCUGGUUCAGUGGUCGGGUUCUGGAGGGCCUCGGGCUGGAAGAGCCUCCCCUGGCCUCGGCGCAGGGCCCCGAUGUGGACCCGGCCCAGCAGGGGGGAGCGAGGCCCCUGCAUGUGAGGCCCCCGAGGAGCAGGAGGACCUGGGAGGACCAGUGGACCAGUCCCACCCAGGACAAGUCCCAGAUUAUUCUCUUCCCUAGUUCUGACUCGUCUUGUGGCUCAGAAACCAGCAGCAGCCACUUCACGUAUUAUUUCCAGCCGUCGCUGAGCGAGCAGGAGGUCGUGGUCACCGCCGCCCACUUCUGGUUCUACGCCGGUGAAGGAGGCAACAUGUCCGCUCCGCUCUUCAUCCUCACCUCAGCGCCGCAGCUCCUCCAGGCCGCGGAGGCCCCGUCUCAGAGGAGCCCAGACGGGUGGACCACCUACGACCUGGAGCGGCCGGCGCUGGCCUCUGUGGCUCAGGGUCCCUUCAUCCUCCAGGUCCGCUGUGCGGCCUGCGAGUGCCACGCCGACCAACCAGACAAGACGCCCUUCCUCGACCUGACCGCUCAGCCACGUGCUCGGGUCAAAUCUCGCCGCCAUGCGCCGCUCAGCAUUCCCUGGUCUCCCUCUGCCGUGGACCUGCUGCAGCGCCCCUCUGUGGAGAGACCGGAGCACAGCGACUGCCAGCGAGCGCACGUGGAGAUCAGCUUCAAGGAGCUGGGCUGGGACAACUGGAUCGUCCAUCCCACCGCGCUGACCUUCUACUACUGCCACGGGAACUGCUCGGCCGGGGAUCGAACCACCGCCUCGCUGGGCAUCAGGCAGUGCUGCGCCCCGGUGCCGGGGAGCAUGAGGUCCCUGAGGAUCACCACCACGUCCGACGGGGGAUACUCGUUCAAGUACGAGACGCUGCCCAACAUAAUACCUGAAGAGUGUACUUGUAUCUGA